AUGGAUUCUUCCUACCCUUCCCUACCUGAUAACGCUUCACAAUUUGUUUGGAAUGAAGAGUUUGGCUUUACCGAUGAUCAGUUGAGAAGCUCAAAUGUUUGGAUGGGAAGCGGGACCGCAGAAUCUACAGUAACCCAGGGAAACCAGGAACAGAGUUCUGAGGAGAUGAAAGUCAAGAGAGCAAGGACUGGAGAAGAUGGGAAUGGUCCAAACAACAGUUCCCUGGAUUUCGAGACUUUGAAAGAAAUCAUGACUCGGUCAUUCGAUAUUCAAGCCGAUACACUCAUCACGCCGAGAAAGCGUACCAGAGGGCCGGGAAGAGCCAAAAUGAGUGAGGAAGACAAGCAGAUGGAUACGGACAAGAAGGAAGUCAGAAAAGUCUUGAAUGAUAUUCUCAACGUGGUCUCUUCAGAGUCAGCUCCAGAAACAUUUCUGCACAAAUACAACAGAAUAAUGAAGAGAAGAACCCGAGCAUCGAGACCACCAAAGACACUCCAAAUCAGUCAAGAGGCUCCAGAGGAACCUGAAAUCGUCAACUGCUAUCAGGAUGGCCACAACUAUUGGCAACAUUUCGUCCCAAAGACCACUGAGGAGUUGCUUCACGGCUUCAACUUCAACCAAUUUGUGCUCAGUCUCCCACCGGCUCGACUUCCAUCGGAUCCAGCAUUGGAAGCAACGAUGUAUGAAUCCAGAAGAAAUAUGGUAUCGGCGGAGCAGAUGAUCAGUUUCCCUGCUCCAAACACCCGUGCCGAGUUGCUCGCCACCAUUGGGAAGAUCGUCAACUAUGUCACUUACUACCACGCAAUCACCAUGGACGAUCCACAGAAUUCCGGUCAAGACUCCACCGUUCCACAAGAGUCGACUUCUCUUCCAGUCAACAAUGAGUUCAAAGAGCCAGUUCGCAAGAAAAGAAAGUAUGAGAAGAAGUUGAAAAGUGUGGUUCCGGAGGUUGAAGAUUCACAGAAAGUGUUACAACCACAGACGCCGUUGAGCUUGUCACAGAUGGUUUACGAGGACGCUAUUAGGGACCCGUCGUUUGUAUUGUUCAGGGAUAAGAUGUGGUUGAAUCAUAGACUGAACAACUUAAAUCACCGUCUUGAAAACUAUAUUCGGAACACUAAAUCUCGAACUUCUCAGCCAUCUGAAGCUCCACCUUCCUCCUCGAAUCCUCCACUCCGCCCACUCCCAAAUCUACCGUACCAAGGUCCCAAAAACCUUCCACCAUUGAUUCAAGUCAAGAAUCUCCAAGUUACUGUACCAUUGUCUCAACUUCUGAAAUUUCCGACUACAUCUGUCCCGUCAACUGCUCAAACGACUCCUCGAUUCUCCUCAGCAUUGUGGGCUGAUUCUCGAUCAGAGAAUGAGUCUCCGACGAUUUGA